AUAAAAAUCUAUCAUACAUUGGUGUAAUGUUACAUGUACGGGAAAGAUUUAUAUUCGAUAUAUUCAUAACAAAUGGUUAGAUCUGCAGGAAUGAAAUUGACUUUGCUGUAAGAGUGAAUUACUGUGGAAUCAUUAGAUUUCGCGGUGGCUCAAUUUUAGUGUUUUCUUGGGUACCUCACAACCACGAAUUAACAUCCUCCACGAAUUAAUAAAUUAGAGUUAUAAAGCUUAUUUCCUUCUGUAGGUAUAAGAAAAUACACAAAAUUUCAUCCCCAAGAACCUAUAAAAUUUCAGCAAAUCCACGGCAAUUGGCUCCCACGAAUUUUAAUGAUAUCACAGUAAUCAUUAACAUAUUUGUUAUAACCCUUGUUAGCUGUAUUUGUGUCCUAACGCAUGCCAAAAUACUUAAGAUAUGUGUGAUGGUUAACAGGCGUCUAACAUUGUUGUCUAACCCUUGUUCGUUUGUAGGACAGUUACAACCAUUCUGUGAAGACCCAGCGGACAGAGGCCCUUGUAAUAAGUUAGAGCUGCGCUACCGUUUUAACGAGGAUAGUGAAUAUUGUGAAACCUUUCUGUACGGAGGGUGCGCCGGGAAUAAGAACAAUUUCAAAACCGUCGGGGAGUGCGUGAAGGCGUGCGUGGAUGAGCCGAAAGGAUCAAUCUGUGAGUUUCCGCCGGACGCCGGCUCCUGCUUUCACGCCACUCUCCCUCGCUACUAUUACGACGAGGAGUCGGAAAGCUGCAAAAUAUUUUAUUAUAGUGGUUGCCAAGGAAACGAAAAUAAUUUCGUAUCGGGAGAGGAUUGCAAGACAAAAUGCAAAGCGUUGUCAUUUGAACCUUUGCCAGGAGGACAAAAUCAGGGCUCCAACUACCAGUGGAACAGCCCUGGAUCAGAACCCAGCUCCGGAAAUUCCUGGAAUUCCCCUGCCACUACUCCCAAUUGGAACAACCCUCGACCGACGAAUGUUGUAAACCGUGGGUGGGGUAACCACUACAAUAGUGACCACAGUAGCCACAACUCUCCUCCUCCUAGGAAAGCCCAUGCACCACCGGCACAGUACGAUUUUAACAGCAACCCAAAUAAUAACAACCAUCGCCCACCGCCGCCAAAUCACAAUAACAACCAUCGGCCAUUGAAUAACAAUAACCAUCAUCCUAAUUAUAACCAUAAUUCAAAUCACCGGAAUAGUCCCAACCAUCACCCUAACCAAAAUGGCGGGAGUUCUAUAUCAUUUGUUGAGAACGAUCCUAACAACCAGAAACAGAAAAAUGUUCCACCUGGCAUUCAGCCUCCAGAAUUACGAGAAUACAACGGGAAUUCCCCGUGGAAUAGUGGAGGAUGGAAUGGUAAUAGUGGUGGAUGGAACAGUAACCCGUAUCACAAUGAAAACAAUGGAGGCGGUGGCGGAAACGAAUGGAGGUCCAAUGAAUCUCGACCUCCCAACUCUGGUCAUGGCAACAACAAUAAUGGAUGGAAUAAUCCUGGCAGUGAUGGUGGUAGCAGUAAUAGUGGUGGUGGUGGUAAUGGGGGAGGAAGUAAUUGGAACCACUCUAUGUCCUUCAAAAGACGUGUUGGGCCUAAUGAUCAAUCAGGGUCGGGAGGAAACAAUGGUCAGCCACAUUGGCAGCCAAAUAAUGGUCAGCCCCGAGGCCCAAUGUCCCCCAUGGCACAUAUGGCUCGGAGAUUUGGACAUAAUCCAUAUGGAAUACCACCUCGCACAACGACACCAGAGGAUGAUAUUGUAACGACUCCUAGUACUCCAGUAUCCACUACUCCUCCGUACAACUAUAACUACAACCAUGCACCACCGCCAAGAAACAAUCACAAUCAUAAUUAUAAUUGGGACAGUCCUCCAAACCCACCACCUGCUAACAACCCUCCACAUAAUCCAAUCCAGCAAGCUCAACCAUUCCCAUCUAAACAUAUUAACAACGCACCUCCGAGACGAAACAAUAUUCCCCCUUAUAAUCCACCUCCAGCAGAACCAAAUUACAACUACAAUAAAAACCCACCAAUCCCGCCAAAGAGAACAUCGCGUAGACGUUUCGCACCAGACUGGGUACGGCAGCAAGAGGCUCCAUCUAAUAACCAGCAAAUGGCUUACCCCCCUACCACGACCGCCUUGCCACCACCACCUCCCCCAGGACCUGCCAAUAAUCUCCCUCUUCCAGGGAAAACGUCUUGGGACAACAUGUUUCGUAGGAAGAAGGAGUCGGCGAUUGAACAAGUAAAGUCUGCCCCAACUGAAAUAGCCUCGUAUGAUUUCGAGGCUGGUUCUUCAACAAAAUCAAGCACAGUGCCUGCUAGAAGAAACUUUGAUCCCUCUAUGGAGAAACCACAGCAAACGCAUUUACAACAGACUGAAAACAGUAUCGCUCCUUCAAAACAUAAUAUAAAUCAAUAUGACUUUGAAGCAAGUGUCACUAAACACCAAGAUAUUCCUUCAAAUGCGGGUCCUCCUCGGAAGAACAAUGCAAAUACACGACCAGUUACUGAACAAAAUGAAAGUUUUCCUCCAUCUCGAAAUAAUGCAAACCAAUAUGACUUUCAAGCAAGUCCGAAUAAUGCAGGAGGAAAUGUUGGUCAAAACGGAGUCACCAAGAAAUCAAGCGACGAUAUUCGAAGAGAAAAUGCAAUGAGAAUGUUCAACAGGCAGAUGCAAAAUGGAGAUCCGUCAUCCGGCGCAGUUCAAAGACAACCGGCAUUUGAACAGACAACAAAUGCCCCUUUCAAAGCUCCAGUGUCAAAAUCUACGUACGAUGAUCAAUAUAGAUCUGUAUCCCACGAACCGGUUACUAGUCAGAUCAUUAAUCAUGGUGGUGAUGAUACUUCUAGAAACAAUUUCGACGACGCUUUGAGAACCAAGGAGAGUAAAACUGCAGCAUCUAAUCCUGGUGGCAUUCCAGGUGGGUUUGAUUCGUUCUUAAGACCGAAAGGACGCCAUGCGCCAACAAAUUUUCAAGAACAAAAUGAGCAACCUCCAACACAAGGUAACGACCCAUUGCCACCAUCAGCUAGAAUCGGUCAGCAACAAAUUCAAGCGAUGGAACAAACACCAUCACAUGGCCACGCACCGCAUCGGAACAUUGAUAAACCAAAUAACAAUUUCGACAGGUUUUUCAAAUCUAAGGAACAAAACGUUAAUAAUGCAAAUUCAAAUGGGGCCGGGGGUGGCUUUGACAACUUUUUAAAACCCAAAGCUUCUCCUGUUGAGAGAAAUGUUAACUCUCCUUGGGAUUCGAAGAAUAAUGCAGAUCCAAAUCGACACUUGGGGUCAAAUGAACACGCAUCUCCUAAUGAUCCGCCAAUAAACAAUAAUCAUCAUAACAGUUUCGACAGUUUUAGACGUUCAAAUAAAUGGCACAAAGAUCCCCAGACUGCAGAGUUCAACUCCAUUCCAAACAAAAAACAAAUGAAUCACCAUAACGAAGCUUUACAAUCAAACUCACCGGCGGAAAAGAACAACAUACCAGACAAUAUAUCAACAACACAGCAUAAAGACAUUCCCCAAAUGCCACGCAAGUCACAUUUCGGACACAGGAGUCACAAUCAGUAUACUAACAGAGAGGCGUUUGACCUGUCAGGUUCCCACACUGCCCCUACGGCAGUGCCCACUAAACCUGCCUCAGUGUUGUCAGGCGCCGACCUUUACACGGGGGUUUCACCUACUCUAGGUCAAGGUCACGCUCACUCAACAGGAAGACCAGGUUUUGGAAUAUCUCCCGCAUCUCAUGCAGAGUCUAUGGACACCUCAGCUCUGAGUUCUAAUACAGAACCUUUUAGUUUAACAAGGACAACUCCGCAACAUCGUGUCCAGCAGCCCGACCAAACCCAAAACAAUGAUCAACGAUUUUCGCAGCAAGAUAACAGGCAAGCAUGGGAUCCUCGGGGUUCAAGUAACAACAUUCAACCUACAACACAACCUGUGACACCAUACAAUGAUCGAGUCAAUACAGAGCCCAUUAGUGUCACAGUAAAAGAUACCACUAAAUUGAAAAAGAUCUUUGGGCAAACAAUGCCCCCAACGGGAAAUACAAAAAUCCCAAUCGGAUAUAUUCUUACCCAUAAACCAUUCAUUGACAGCAUUGGAUUGGAUAAGAAUUUCCCUUUGCUGUACAAGAAAUUUCUUGAAGCUCUGAAAUCUGGUAAACUACCUGCUAAGGAUUUUCAAACAAGUAGCGACGAAAACGGAAACAAUAAACAAGUUAGUGUAGAUAACCAAGGGACAGGAAACACAGACAACAAACAACAAACAGAACAAGGAAAAAUGUUCCACGACAGAUCGCCUUCUUCACAUCAAGAAUUAUCAGUGCAUACUAGUGGAGUGUCUACAGAGCAUCAAGUGAAUAAUCAGAAUCAACCAACCCCAAAACAACAAACACAAAAAUACCAAACUCCACAUCAAACUCCACAACAGGAAGUUCCUCGAUACCAUGAGCAACAAACUCAUCGACAACAAACUCAUCAACAAACACAUCAUCAACAAACUCAUCAACAACAGCAAACUCAACAACAAACACAUCAUCAACAAGAAAGAGAUCAUCAACAACAAACUCAUCAACCACAGCAAACUCAACAACAAACACAUUAUCAACAAGAAACACAUCAUCAACAACAAACUCAUCAACCACAGCAAACUCAACAACAAACACAUCAUCAACAAGAAACACAUCAUCAACAACAAACUCAUCAACCACCGCAAACUCAACAACAUACACAUCAUCAAGAAACACAUCAUCAACAACAAACUCAAAAACAAACACAUCAUCAACAACAAACACAUCAUCAUCAACAAACUCAUCAACAGCAACAAAGUCAACCAAAUAUUCAUCAACAAACUCCGUUAAAACAAGAUCAUCAGCAACAACAUUCCCAACAGGAAUUUACUCAACAACAGCAUUGGCAAGCACAGAGUCAACCAGCACAAGGUCAACAAAAUCACUGGGAUCAAAACAAACAGCAGGAACAAUACCAAAAUAACCAACAACAACAACAUCAGGACGUUCGUUCACAACAACAACAACAACAACAACAUCAGGACGUUCGUUCACAACAACAGCAGCAACUUGCCAUGGCGCAAAGAGCUCGAGAAAGACAGCAGAGAUUAAUGACAGAAUCAAGCAACCAACACGCAGGACAUGGAGGGUUUAAUCAGCAGUUCAAUCAGUUAUACAGAACUACCACUGCUGCACCGACAGAAGCAACAACCCAGCCUUUCUUUAAGAACACGUACCCACCAAUAUUUAACAUGCUUGUGAAAAAUUCCUUGCCACCGACUCAAACCCCAAUGCCUGAAACGUCUCGUCGACAAAAGGAUACUUUCCAGCAGCAGCAGCACGAGCAAUCAACAAACCGCUAUCUACCAACUAAUAGCCAUAGACAGGAAUCGAAUCCGUCAUCUUAUGUACCCGAAAGCUCUCUAAGAUUGGGCGGUCCUGCCUUUAACCCAGUUCAUGACAAUCUACCGUUUGGAAAUCACAUUUCUGGUUCAGUUUUGGAUAGUGUUCCGGAAAUGCAGCUGUACGAAACCCGCGAACCCGUCUUGCCUAUCGAUAUGAUAUCUGAAAACAAAACAAAAACAGAAGAUAUCAAUAUACGCAACUCUCAAAAUAUCAUUAUGGAUAAAAAUGAGAAAAACUCUAUGAAACUUUCAAGUCUCGAUCCAUAUUAUGCAAAGGACAUGCCAUCCGGAACAAGGGUAGAAAAAAUUUCUACCUUGACCCCCUCCUAUGUAGAGACUACAUAUUCUAGAGCUCCAGCAGUCCAAACAACGGCGGCUCCAAUAACUGAAAGUGUGUCCAACCACCAACGGCGAAUACCUAUCAGUCACCAACAUCUACCGGCCAACCAACGACACAAUCAGACCAGUUUCGAAUCAAGUUUCGGUCGAUUUGGAAAUUCAAACCAGCAGUUUCGAAAUCAAUUUGGCAAUAUCAAUCAAGGGAAUAAUAACUUCCAGAAUUUACCUCAACACAAUCAAAACCAGGAAGACACCAGCGCUAGUCAAUUCAAGAUUCACAAAAAGACACAUAUAACAGUCUCUAUAAAGAGCACACAACCGCCGACGUCACCCGUACUGGGUAUCUAUAAACAAAAACAUUCUUUCGAAACAUCAGCGCCACUAUCUCACAAUGGGCGUUCAAGCCACGUUCAAACUCCAGUCAAAGACAUUAUACCAGAACAUCAUUCCGUGAGAGGUCAACAGAGAGACCUGCAUGCUGGAUCUCGGUCCCAGCCAACUCAGCGGCAACAACAGGCCGCCCAAGCUGGGUUUGUAAUAAGCCAGGUUAACAAUGGCCAGUCUGCUAAUCAAAAUCACCCUAACAAAGAAAGCCAUCAACCUUCAAAUACUAAGCAACAGACUCGUCAAACAAUGGACACAGUUGGGACGUCAGCGGCCUUCAACCAUCAACAUAAUAGACAGGUUAAUCAACAAAGGCAACAAAUGCAAGCUUCUCAAUGGAGUCAACAGGGUGCUAGGCAAAACGAGGGUAACUCACAUCAUCGACAAGUCGCGCCAAAGCCUCCAAACAUGGGUGCUGCUCCCGACGCAGGAUUUAUCAUUGUAUCGCCAAAGGAAACUGCUUCCUCUUCGAGAGCGCAACAACACAAUUCUGUUGGAGUUAACAAAUCAAUACAAAAACCCGAAACCAAUAACUUACGUUCACCCACCCCCGCCCCAACUCAGGGGUAUCUGAACUUCCUAGCAGACUUUGGAGGAAUUGAAAAUUUCGCCGCCUCUCAUUCAAGGCAAAGUCAGAGCAAACCUGGCGGUAACACUCAACAAGCUAACACACAGAACCACAACGCAGCAUCUGGGACGUUCUCUAGACAAAAUACAAACCACCAACAGGUGGCGCAGAACACACCAACCAACACCGUCAGGAACACGGGUACACAGGGCUCGGCGGCCUGGGGGAGAAGGCAAUUCUCAAAUCGAUUCCAGAGCAGACCUGGAUUUGGAACAGGUUUCCAGCAAAACCAGAGGAACUUUCAACCCAGGUCAACCACCACCACUACCACCACCACAACUACAACAACAACGGCGGCGCCACCUGUCAGGCGCCACUUCACAAACCACCGACGAUCUCAGCCUCGGCAGGGGGCGUCUGGUAGCUCCCAGAACAGGUGUAGAGAAUCUAAGAAUGAGGGACCUUGCAGAAGCUGGUCCAUACGCUACUUCUACGACCCCGCCCUCGGAAACUGUCGCCAGUUCUACUACGGAGGUUGUGGCGGGAACCAGAACAACUUCCGGUCAAAGUCCGAGUGUUUAAGUACAUGCUACGGCUCUUGAUGAGUUAGUGUUAUAUAUUCAUAAACUUGGUUUGAGGACUUCCUGUUGAAUAUUCAUGAUCUUGGUUUUGAGGACUUUCUGUUGAAUAUUCAUGAUCUUGGUUUUGAGGACUUUCUGUUGAAUAUUCAUUAGAUUUAAAACUAUGUGCAAUCGUUACGGUCAUUUCCUGGCGUGAUUCACAAACGUGUUUUUCGUGUGCAUUAUUGUUUGGUAUCAUGACCAGAAGAAAUAUAUUCGCCAAGAGGAAAUCACACAGAGAAAAUAGUCUACCUCAUGGACCAACUACCACACAUCAUGCUACAGACACGAAACAGCAUAGGAAGAACGUAGCGCUGUACCAAGUAGAAUAUGUGCAUAUUCAUGUUUUUCUCUGGAAUUAUUUAAAUUUGAGCGUGAACUGAAAGGGUGAAUUUCGCGAGGAUAUUAACAGGGGCACUCUGUCUCAAAUACAUUUCUUUUAAAGAAUAUUUUUUUUCUCGAAAUUCCGUUGCAUUGUCAAAUUUAAACAAUCCACGAAAAUAAACGAUUGCACACGAGUCAGAGUUCAUACAUGAAAAUAUGAGUGUUUAACGUUGUUGGACAUUGUGAUACUGUCGGCAACAAUUUAUUUUUAUAGAUAGUUACGUGAUCCUUGCAGUAAUAGGAACACUUUAACGUUAUCUUCACUUUUAUAACUAAAAUAUGUUGAACACAAGUAGAGACAAAAAAUUAAACAUUUGUAUACAUGUAUAUAUUAUAAUUAUAUAUAUUUUCAAAAUCGGAUAAACUAACUUUUUUCUUCUUUUCUUGACAUCUGUCUUAAAUGAUUCAACUUUUCUUCAUAUAAUUAAUCCCAAUGCGUCACAAUCAAUCAAACGACCAAAACCCUGGAACAUACCACGUGUCUAAUCAAGUAGAAAAUCCAUAUCAAUUAUUCAUCGCCAUUAAUUUCAACAUUCACCAAAAAUUGUGUGAUAUGGCUAGGGAUAAACUUAUAAGGUAAUCAAAUAUAUCAUAUAAAGUAUUCUUUGCUGGAAAAUGUAAAUGAAAGGAUUUGUUGCCAAAUUAUCUAGGUCCCCCCACCCUCGAUGACAAUAUAAAGAAUUGCAAUCAAUAUAGAAUCCUGUACUGUUUUAUGCAAAACUUUUUGUAACAUUUUCUGUAUUUUUAGAGUAAGGUAUAUAAACACGUGUCUCCGUCAGAGAUAUGGACCAUUUUCGCUGCGAUGUUCUAAGCUGCAUGUUUCAGGAACACCCUGGCUCAAUUUAGAAACGUUUAUUUGUCGACAAUGGUUGCUUGACCACUAUAAAAACACAUCAAUCUCAUAUUUUGUUCCCUAUAAAAUCGUCAAACUAAGAAACUGUUCAAUUGUUUCGCUUUACGGAAUUUUUUAAAUGCAGAAAAAAAAAUGUAUUUCAGUUGUUAAAAUGCAUCUAUUAUGGACUUAAAAUUUUUCUUUUAAAUCGGUUUAUCCAGGUUGCUUCCUCCCCCCUUUCUAACGGUACAAGGGAGCUCCAAAUUUGUUUUCAGAAUGCAAAAUAAGACUCGUAUCUAGAUUCUUAAAAUGCCUCUCUGAUGGAUAAUAGAUAUUUCUGUAAAAUUAUUUAAUCUCGUUUUCUUCAUUUUUUUUUCUAUACCACACUGGUGUACGGCAAUGCUCGGUACAAUGGAUGCAUUGUUGCCUGUCCUUGGCUUCCCUUUUCUUAUUUGUUAUUUACCCUCCGUUAUGAUUGAUUUUGUAAAAAACUUUUGUUGUAUUUUGUUGAUAAUUUAUUUUGUGAUCAAUGAUAUAUAAUGUUUGAAAUCGUUCACACAAUUUUUACGGAUAUAUCACAAUAAUUUAUGUUAGAGUGUUGAUUUGUUUAUUCAAUAAAAAAAUUAAGUUAUAUGUAGCAUGGGCUUUUUCUCUCGUUAUCUUACAUCAAUUUAUACAAAUUUAAACUCUUUUUGUGUCAUAUUACACAAUGCAUUACAUUUGAUAAAUUCUGCAUUCUUCUUUCAACAUUUAAGGACCCUAUAAAAAUAAAACAUCUCUCUCUCUCUCUCUCUCUCUCUCUCUCUCUCUCUCUCUCUCUCUCUGUUCUUUAAUGACCAAUAUUUGGCUGAGAAGAUGGAUUCGCCAUCUUAUAAAAAAAAAUGUUAAUGAGAAACUCUCAAUUUCACUGUGAAAGCAUUGUCUGCCUGGCAAUCAAAUUAAUUAGGGGGGAGGGGGGGGGGGGUAGUUUAACACAGCAGAGGCUGUCAAACUACUCAUAGUUCUGUAAACAUUGAUAUUGAUUAAUUUUAAGUG